AUGAAUUUUUCAACGACAAUAAUCAAGCAUUUCAAAUUCAAACCAGUCAGAAAUCUACAGCAUUCAAUCCCGCGUAUUUCUCUUUCUUACAUCCACACCACACCAAUCACAAUGUCCGACACUCAAUUCAAAUUAGUCUGUUUAGGUAACCCACUUUUGGACCUUCAAACCAACGUCGAUAAAUCCUAUUUAACCAAAUACGAUUUAAAAGACAACGAUGCAAUCUUAGCUGAAGACAAACAUUUACCAAUUUACGAAGAAAUCUUGCAAAAACCAGACUUGAUUUUAGUCGCUGGUGGAGCUGCUCAAAAUACCGCUAGAGGCGCUCAAUAUAUCUUGCCUCCAAAAUCAGUCGUUUACUUUGGAUCCGUUGGUAAUGACGUUUAUGCAGAACGUUUAAAUGAAGCCAAUGAAGCAUAUGGUUUAACUACUAAAUACCAGGUCCAAUCGGAUUAUGCUACUGGUAAGUGUGCUGCUUUGAUUUAUGAUCAUCAUAGAUUUUUGGUUACUGAUUUAGCCGCCGCUAAUCAUUUCAAGCCCGAACAUUUACAAAAACCCGAGAAUUGGUCCAUUGUUGAAAAUGCAACUCAUUAUUACAUUGGUGGGUUCCAUUUAACCGUUUCGCCAGAAGCUAUCUUGUUGUUGGGUAAAGAAGCCGCCAAAACCAACAAACCAUUAGCUCUUAAUUUUAGUGCUCCUUUUAUUGCUCAGUUUUUCAAGGAUCAAUUAGACUCUGUCUUGCCUUAUGUUGACUACGUCAUUGCUAACGAAUCAGAAGCUGAAGCAUAUGCCCAAUCUCAUGAUUUGAAAGUCGAUCAUAAAGACGUUGUUGCCAUUGCAAAGGAAAUUGUUAAAUUGCCUAAAGAAAACAAGCAAAUUCCACGUACUGUUAUCUUCACUCAAGGUACUGAGCCUACUGUAACAGUAACCGAUUUAGGUAAUGGAGAAGUUGAAGUUCACCAAUAUCCAGUUGAAAAAUUGGCCAAGGAACAAGUUGUCGAUACUAACGGUGCUGGUGAUGCUUUUGCUGCUGGAUUUAUUGCAUCUUUGGUUCAAGGUAAAACUCUAGACAAGGCUGUUGAUGUUGGUCAAUGGGCUGCUAAGUUGUCUAUUCAACAAGUUGGACCAACUUUCCCCUUCCCAAAGGAAACUUAUGAAUAA